GUAAAAGAUGGUCAGGGUUGAAAAGAAUCAUCAAGUGGCCACGAAUGUUAAAGAAGAGUCUCAUCAUGUUUCAAGAGACAAACGAGGCCAAGUUCUUGGAAAAGGAGAAUUACAAGAAUUUCGUGGCUGUACAAUUUGGUUUACAGGAUUAUCUGGUGCUGGAAAAACAUCGAUCUCUUUUGCUUUGGAAGAGUUUCUAGUAUCAAAUGGCAUUCCAUCUUACGGCCUGGACGGAGACAACUUAAGAACUGGCCUGAACAAAAACUUAGGUUUCACCAAAGAAGACAGAGAAGAAAACAUUAGAAGAGUGGCAGAAGUUGCAAAAUUAUUCGCUGACGCUGGACACGUGUGUUUGUGCAGUUUUGUAUCGCCAUUUGUGGAGGAUAGAGAAAUGGCCAGACAAAUUCACAAAUCCUCUAAUUUGCCCUUCUUUGAAGUUUUUGUUGAUACAUCUUUAGAGGUGUGUGAAAAAAGAGAUGUCAAAGGUUUAUAUCAAAAAGCUAGACAGGGUAUAAUCAAAGGUUUUACUGGAAUAGACCAAAAAUAUGAAAAACCUGAACACCCUGAACUUGUUAUUAAAACAGCCAACGCUUCAAUCAACGAAUCAAUGAAGCUGGUUAUAGAGAUGUUAAAAGAAAACGAAAUUAUUCCAAAAUGCACUGGAAACCAAAACGGACACCUUAUAAUUUCUGAUAGUUCACCCGUAAAAGAGUUAUUUGUCCAUGAAAGCAAAGAGUUACUCGAAGAAGCUCAAAAUCUACCAAAAAUUACAAUGACCGAAAUCGACCUACAAUGGCUUCAGGUUCUUAGUGAGGGGUGGGCUUCCCCGUUGAAAGGAUUUAUGAGGGAAGAUGAAUUUUUACAAACAAUCCAUUUUAACACCUUAGUCAAAAACGGAAAUACAUUUAAUCAAAGUGUUGCAAUUGUGUUGCCAAUAACUUCUGAAGAUAAGCGAAGAAUUGAUGGAUAUAAAUCUGUUGCCUUGUAUCAUAACCAAGAAUGCUAUGCUGUCUUAAACAACAUUGAGGUUUACCAUCAUCGUAAAGAAGAAAGAAUUGCUAGACAGUUUGGAACCACCCAUAAAGAUCACCCAUAUAUCAAAGUUAUUAACGAAUCUGGCGACUGGUUGGUCGGUGGAGAUUUGGAGGUCUUAAAACGUGUCACUUGGAAUGACGGCCUAGAUCAAUAUCGUUUAACUCCUGCUCAGCUUCGCCAAAAAUGCGAACACCUGGGCGCAGAUGUUGUUUUCGCUUUUCAACUAAGGAACCCAAUUCACAAUGGUCAUGCGCUUUUGAUGACCGAUACCAAAAAACAGCUAAUGGAAAGGGGAUUUAAGAAACCAGUUCUUCUAUUGAAUCCACUUGGUGGUUGGACCAAGGACGAUGACGUUCCAUUGAAAGUGAGAAUGUUACAGCAUCAAGCCGUCUUAGAAUCCGGAGUUCUAGAUAAAGAGAGCACCGUGCUUUCAAUAUUUCCUAGUCCAAUGAUGUACGCAGGUCCAACAGAGGUGCAAUGGCAUGCCAAAGCAAGAAUGGUGGCCGGUGCAAAUUGUUACAUUGUUGGACGCGAUCCUGCUGGAGUACCGCAUCCAGAAGGCAAAGAAGCAAGCCCCGAUGGCAACUUGUUUGAGUCCACGCAUGGCAGCAGGGUGUUGAAAAUGGCUCCGGGUCUGGAAACAUUGGAGAUUAUUCCAUUUAGAGUUGCUGCUUAUGAUAUUGUUAAUAGAAAGAUGACGUUCUUUCAACCUGAGAGAAAAGAGCAGUUUGACUUUAUUUCCGGAACAAAAAUGAGAAAAUUUGCAAGAACUGGCGAGGAGCCCCCAGAAGGUUUUAUGGUUACUAAGGCAUGGCAAAUUAUUUCUGAUUACUAUCAAUCUAUUAUUAACAACAACUAGGGUGUUUUAAAAACAUUUUUAAAAAGAUAGUAAAGUAUUACUGUAUUCAUGUCUACAAAUGAGAAAUCAACCCUGCAAAAGCCUCCACUCUUAUGAAUUCCUGGAUAGUCGACAAAAACCUUGUGGAUUUAUUGUGUCCUCAUAUUUAAACCAAAAUUAAAAAUUUAAAUCUUGUUUUACUAAACUAAUUUUAGUAAUUUCUAUUUAGCGAUUUUACUAAAUUCGAAUUUUACUGUUACCUAUAUCAUUGUUAAUUGUAAAUAAAAUUAUAUAUUUGUUAUAAAUAAAAUGUUAAACUUACCUUUGGA